AACGAAAGCAAGCAACAAUGAACAAUUCCGAAGCGCAUCAACCACUCAACUCUGAACAGUUGGACGAAACCACAACAAGAACAACAACAGCUCCACAAGAACAAGAAACAACAAGAACACCACUCUAUGACAUGUUCUCUAAAAACAUUGAACACUUUAUAGAUUCCAUUCAGAAAAAACAAUAUACUAAUCAAGCAUCUGCUGUACAAUGGCAAAAUUUGGCAAACAUGUUUUCAUUCCAAUUGUUGCUGAUUGGAUUGGUAUUGAUCUUUUCUGUAUUUUGGAUUGGAACUCCAUUGUGGAUUGCCAUGUUGGUGAUUAUUGGAAUUGGCUGUGGUUUCUAUUCGAUGGCUACCAAAGAUCCACUUGGCAUGUUUAUUUACAGUUUGUUGAAUUUUAUUGGAUUGGUGAUUUGCACUAGAUAUCUCGAUUUUGGAUAUGCUGCAAUUGGAAUGUUUUUCAUUCUAUUGCUAUUGAAUCAGAUUAAAUCUAUUCGAUAUGUUAUUGAAUUUGGAAGAGCAAAAUUGGGAAAGAGACAAGUAUUCGAAAAUGAUUCUAAUGUUUAAAAUUGUUUCGUACAAAAGUUGUUUUGCCCUUAAUCAAUGCUAUCAAAUAAAUUGGAAUUUCU